AAGACCUCCGCUCUUCCACCUCAGAGUUGAGAGCCACGAUCCGGCAGGACAUCCAGGCACUGAGAGCUGACAUGCAGGGCCUGACAGACGUGGUGAGCCAUGUGGAGGCAACCUGUGACAGCCUGAGAGCGGCCCAGAACUGGCAGAGGCUGCAGACACCUGCUUUGAACAG